UCAUUCCCUGGGACUCUUGCUCCCUGGGUGUCUCUCUCUCGUUCUCCCUCCCUCUGUGCGUCUCUGAGAGUCUGCGGGUCUCUGUGUUGUGUGUCUGUGUCUGUCGGUCAAUCUCAAGCUCAGGCUCUGCCCGUCUCUGGAGGAGAAAGGACACUUUGUACGUGUGUAUGCAUGUGUGUGUCUGUUUCUCAUUCUUUCCCUGCCUGUGUGCCUUUUUCUGUGUGCUGCUCCCUCUCGAAGUGUGUGUGUGUGUGUGUGUGUGUGUGUGUGUGCGCACCCCACUUCCUUCUUUCUCCCAGUCCCUCUGUGUAUGUCUCUUCCUCUCUGUGUGACUUGGGUUUACAUGUGUGUAUUUAGUGUGUGUGUGUGUGUGUGUGUGUGUGUGUGUGUGUGCUCUCUGCGCCUGCUUGCGUCCAUCUCUCUCUCUCUCCCCUUGUCCCUCGGCGUCUCUCCCUGUCUCUGCGAGUGUCUCUGUGUCUCCGUCUGUUAACAGCAGAGCCUGUCCGGCAGAGCAGCGGAUGUGUGAGGGAUGAUUCAGGGGCUGACAGGAAGCCCGCUGCCUUGCCUGCUGCCCGCCAGAGUCUGUGGCGUUGGUGUCAGCUCGGGCAGGUGUGUGGGCUCAGGAUGAAGUGGCCGCAGUGAGGAGCCCCCAGCUGUCAGCCCAGCCGGUGAGCCAGACUGUUUAUCAUCUGCCGAAAGUGCUUUGAGGAAGGCACUGCGUCGAUCCCCAUUUUGUAGAUGAGAAAACCGAGGCCAGGAGACAAACAGGCACAAGCUGGAGUCCUCCCUCCACGACCAGCCCCGCAGGACGAGUGGCUAGGAGCGGACAUGAACGUGGACGCCGAGCUGCUGUGGCCGGGGGCGGCCCUGCUGCUGCUUCUGGGGACGGUGGCCAGCCUGUGCGUGCGGUGCUCCCGCCCAGUGGUGAAGAAGUCUGAGAAGAUCUACGAGCAGAGGAGCCUGGAAGAGAAUGCACAGAACUUUGCGGUGGCCCGGACCUAUUCCUUGGUCAGGCAGGCCUGGCCAGGGCCCCUGCUGGACACAGCCUCUGACGUGGCACCGACAAGGAAGGACAAGCUUCUGCGGUUCUCCCCCAGCGUCGAGGAUUCUGCGUCCUCUAGGUACCUAGAGAACUUCAGCAAAGGAAGCAGACGAGGAUCUGAUGGAGCCUUCAUAGACCCCAUCGCCACGCACUAUUACAACUGGGGGCAGUUCCAGAAGCCCUCGGAAGACGAUGAUGAUGCCAAUUCGUACGAGAACGUGCUCAUCUGCAAGCGGAAGGACACUGAGUCAGGGGACGAAGGAUCUGAGGACUAUCAGAACUCAGCUUCCAUCCGGCAGUGGCGGGAGUCCAGGAGGGUGGUGGAGCAAGGCCCGAGGGAGGCGUCCCCGUCGUUGGCAGGAAGCCCGGACGAGGAGCCCGAUUACGUGAACGAGAGCGUGGCAGCCACAGAAGCCUAGCGAGGGCCUGGAAGGAGCCGAGGGGACCACCAAACUCAGAGGACUAUUUACCGCCUCCCCAAAGGUCACUUCUCUGACUUGCUCAACCGCUAGACCCCCCACGGUUACUCCUGGGAGACGCGCUGACACGUCUGAGGACCAUCCACCAGGCCGCGGGGGACCGGUGGGGAAAGGACAGUUACAGGUGGCAUCACCCCCUACCCCCCGCCCCCGCCCGGCUCCCAUGGGAGCCCAGAGCCCCUGCCGCGAUCGGAUGUCAAGAUUCAGGGCAGGUUGCAUCCCUGUCCCCACAUCUAGAACAUCGUGCAUCACCGGUACUCCUGUGCUUUUUGCUUUGGAUUCAGGUUCCAAAGUGCUAACCAAUGCCGGCUGCUGGGCUCUUCCUCGUGGUCCAUAAGCUUGUACAGUUAAUUUAUAUAGGUGGAGCCAUAUUUAAUAAUCCACAUCUCCGGGCAGAGAUCCGGUCUGUCUCGCCUCCUAGAAGCAUUACACAUAAUUUCAGCAGAGUUAGGGGAGCCCCGGCGCUCCUUUCUUUGGGCCUCGGUUCACUUGGAAGAAGUAAGGCUGCAGGGAACUUCGCGCAGCCAGUGGGGACGUCUGCUGUGGACAGAGUGCGUCACGUUUCCCUAGGAGCGGAGCCGCGCGGCCGAGCUGAUUGGGCAGAAACACAGCUGUCUCACGGGAAGGGCAGGGGCCCAAAGGGACCUCCCGAGUCAGAAAAGCCACAGCCAGAGAAACGAGAUGCUUCCUUCAACUGAAACAUCCCAAUAGACCAUUUUCAUUUAAAAGUAGCAAUUCUCAUGUCUGCUUUCUCUGCUUCAUGCAAAAACCUUCUAAGGGAAUGAAAGUCUUGCUUCAUGGAAAGGGGCCUUGCCCCGCCCCAGGCCAAGGUCGGGGGAUGGAGAGAGAGAGGGUGUGCUGGGGACAGGGACCUGGUCACAGGGUCAGUCCUCUUUCCGUAAGUUAAGUGCCACAGGUUGGGAAACGAGAAGGAAACAUGACACAAUCAUUGGCCACUUGUUACUUCCCACCCAGGAGUCCUGAUCUCACAGGCUCAGAAGGAGUGGGGUGUGGUGGGGGCUCCGGGCUCCACGGUUGCUGGGUGUGGGGAACCUUCUGGACCUGGGCCUCCCCCCAAACCUCACAGGGACCAUGGAAGCUCCAGAUGAAAAAUAAGAUGGAGAAACUAUGUUUUUCUAAAACCUCACCUUGCAGGUUUUGAGGACCUUCUUUUUCUCCCCUAACUGGAGCCCUAACCCAAACAGCCAGUUACGUGGGAGCCUUCCCUGUAUCAUUUCAGUGUCCCAUUCAACGCUGUGGCCCGGGCAGGUGACAAACCUUCCUGGGAGGAAUGGCAGAGUGGAAGGGAGCUCUAGAGCCGCUGUGGCCAACCCUGGGCCGGGAGAGGAUUUAAAGAAAGGCUCAUGGGCUUGCCCGGCUGUUCCAGCACCAUCUGUGUUUCUGCGGCAGUGGGGACACAGGAGGCAAGCUGCCGGGACCCUCUGUCCUCGAGCCCACAGGGCAGGAGCCAGCAUGGCACACAGCUGUUUUCUUUUUCUUAAAAAAAAAAAAAAAAAAAAAAAAAAUUUACGUCCAACUUCGGCUCAGGUCAUGAUCUCACAGUUCAUGGGUUCGAGCCCCAUGUCGCGCUCUGUGCUGACAGCUUGGAGUCUGGAGCCUGCUUCGGAUUCUGUCUCCCUCUCUCUGCCCCUCCCCUGCUCACACACUCUCUCUCCCAAAAAUAAGCAAAACAUUUAAAAAGUUAAGUUUGGGGUGCCCGGAUGGCUCAGUCAGUUAAGUGUCUGACUUCGGCUCAGAUCAUGAUCUCACAGUUCAUGGGUUCGAGCCCCGUGUCGGGCUCUGUGCUGACAGAUCGGAGCCUGGAGCCUGCUUCGGAAUCUGUGGUUCCCUCUCUCUCUGCCCCUCCCUGGCUCACACGCUGUCUCUCUCUCUCUCUCUCUCUCAAAAGUAAAUAAACAUUAAAAAAAAUUUUUUUUUUAAGUUAAAAGUUUAAGUCGGAUGCUUAAUCAACCAAGCCACCCAGGCACCCCAACACACAACUGUUCUCAAUGAUAGAUUUCACACGAGACCACCAAUCACAGGAGCUGAGUCACCCCCAACCUCUGUAACACGACAUCAGGGAUUUGCUUCAACCACCGGAAUGGGGGAGGGUGGUGGGAACACGAGAGGACACAAGCAUGGCCGUAUGUUGGUAAAACUGUUAAGAUGGGUGGUGGAUACGGGAAGUUCACUGCAUCAUUCUUUCCACUUACGUACAAUUGAGAUUUUUUAUAAUUUGAAAAAAAUAGUACCUUGGGGGGGUGGUGGGAACAGUCAUGCAAAUUAUUAUAAAAUUCCCUGGGGAUUUCUACGGCAGCAUGUACACACAGGAUACCCAGUAACACCGUCCCGUGAUCGCUGCCCGUCCUGCCGAAGGGCCCGCUGCCCCAGGCUGUUCUGAGAGGUCUGUCUCCGUAGUAAAUCGCAGCAGGCUUCUGCAAGAACUGAGAUCAGCUUGGUCGGUCUCUUCCUAAAUCACCUUUUCUAUUUGUAGGAUGCUAGGGGCAGAGACAGGAAGCCGGUUUUCCUCCUGGCCUUGUGUUGCCACCCUACUGCUGAUAAAACUGUAUUUUUUUAAUGUUUAUUUAUUUUGAGAGAGAGAGCACGAGCAGGGGAGGGGGACAGAGAAAGAGAGAGAAUCCAAAGCAGGCUGUGCCGUCAGCACAGAGCCCGACGCGGGGCUUGAGCUCAUGAACCUUGAGAUCAUGAACUGAGCCGAGAUCAAGAGUCGGACGCUCAACCCAAUGAGUCACCCAGGUGCCCCUGGACAGCUUUUUUAUUAGCUGAAAUGCCACACGUGCCCAGAUCGGGUGCCAUGCCCCGGAGGUUCUCUGGGGCCUCUCCAUCCUGUCACCACAUCUGUGAGUCUGAGGCUGAGCGCAAACUAUCGUGGAAGCUGCAUGAAAGUGAAGGCCACGACUGUGUGAGAGGAAGGUGCGUCCCAUGCUGAUCUAAGGCAGCAUUUUGUCCAAAUCAGAAGGCGCUGACUACUGGGUCUCACGGACGGAUGAGGAGGACUCUUGUCCCCUAACUGGCCACUGGGGCCAUUGUCUUCUGACACAGCCUGGCCAGGAGCCCUGCCAUCUGCAGAAGGGAGUUCACACCUUCUGCAAUUUUCAUGUGAGUGUAUCCAAUUUCCUGAAAAACAAAGCAAACGUAAAUCUGGUUAAUACAUGAGGGAGCACUUUAGGUUUUAUUUUUAACUCGAACUAAUAGUUUACUUAAACUCAAUGCAAUGAACUCACACUCCAGCUGGGAAAUAAACUCUAAGUCGUAACAGGUUACGUUUAAAGCUUGGUUUAUUUUUUUCUAAGAGGAUGUUGAGAUAUUUCCUUGUAAGAUACUUUUUUUUUUUUAACUAAAAAAAUUUUUUUUAAAUGUUUAUUUACUCUUGAAGGAGAGAGAUAGAACGUGAACAGGGGAGGGGCAGAGACACAGGGAGACACAGAAUCCAAAGCAGGCUCCAGGCUCUGAGCUGUCAGCACAGAGCCCGACGUGGGGCUCGAACUCACGAUCUGUGAGAUCAUGACCUGAGUGACGUUGGUUGCCCAACCGACUGAGCCACCCAGGAGCCCCUGUAAGAUACUCUUAAUUAAGAGAAAAAAAAAAAAAAAAAAAACCAGGCUUGGAAAAAAUAUUACAAUAUUUGUAAAACACAUACCUGAUAAAGGACUUGCAGCCAGAAUAUAGAAGUAACUCUCAAAGCUCAAGAACAAGAAAACAACCCAGCUGAACUUUGCUUUGCUAAGGACUGUGGGAGGCAAAUCAACACAUGGGAGAGAGCUCGACAUCCUCGGUCACCGGGAAAUGCACAUAAAGCUACGACCAGAUACUACUACGCAUCUGUUAGAAUGGCUUUAAAAAAAAAAAUCGACCAAA